AUGCAGAAUCUGCAGCAGAUGCUUCGCCAAAUGCAGGGGGGUAUGGGCCAGGGCAUGCCGCCUCCUGAUUCCCCCGUUGUGGACACUGCCGAGCAGGUCUACAUUUCCUCGCUCGCUUUGCUCAAGAUGCUGAAGCACGGUCGCGCUGGCGUACCGAUGGAGGUCAUGGGCCUGAUGCUGGGCGAGUUCGUUGAUGAUUACACUGUUCGCUGUAAAGAUGUCUUCGCCAUGCCUCAGAGUGGAACGGGUGUCAGUGUAGAAGCCGUCGAUCCCGUGUUCCAGACCAAGAUGUUGGACAUGCUGAAACAAACCGGCAGACCCGAGAUGGUGGUGGGCUGGUACCACUCUCACCCCGGUUUCGGCUGCUGGCUUUCAGGCGUCGACGUCAACACACAGCAGAGUUUCGAGGCUAUCAACGAGCGUUGCGUUGCCGUUGUGGUGGACCCGAUUCAAAGUGUGAAGGGUAAGGUCGUGAUCGACGCCUUCCGCUGCAUCAACCCGCAGACUCUGCUCAUGGGCCAGGAGCCAAGGCAGACCACCUCCAACAUCGGACACCUCAACAAGCCCUCUAUUCAGGCCCUUAUCCACGGUCUGAACAGGCACUACUACUCGAUCGCGAUCAACUACAGGAAGGACGAACUGGAGCAGAAGAUGUUGCUCAACGUGCACAAGCCCAAGUGGACCGACGGCCUGCUCCUGGAGGAGUGGGAGGAGCACAGCAAGCAGAACGAGGCCAUCGUCAAGGAGAUGCUCGACCUGGCCAAGGCCUACAACAAGUCGAUCCAGGACGAGAUCAACAUCCCUCCAGAGAAGCUGGCCAUCCAGAACGUCGGCAAGGUCGACCCCAAGAAGCACCUCGAGUCCGACGUCGAGAAGCUCAUGGCCAAGAACGCCACCCAGCUCCUCGGCGCCAUGCUCGACACCGUCGUCUUCUAA